AGAAUUGACACCAAGUAUUCUACCAUAAAGCAAAAAGAAUCACAAUUUCAGAAUGUAAGCCAUUACAACUUCAAGCAAGUUCAUUUGCACAUUCUUCAUGGAGCUCAAUCUACCCUCUUUCUCGAUCCUUUUCACCUUCUUCGUCUUCGUUUUUAUGGUGCUGAACAUACUUAUCAAAAGAGCCAAAACCAUCAGCUCAGAUUCAAAACUACCGCCAGGACCAUGGAAAUUACCCUUACUAGGAAAUAUCCACCAGCUUUUCGGCUCUUUACCACAUCGCGCGCUUAGAGACUUGGCCAAGAAACAUGGACCCUUCAUUUACCUAAGACUUGGACAAGUGCCGACCAUAGUAGUUUCAUCAGCAGAGUUUGCCAAGGAAGUGAUGAGAACCCAUGAUGUCAUCUUUGCAUCUAGGCCCCGGAGUCUAUACGCAGAGAUCGUGUUGUAUGAUUGUACAGACGUCGCCUUUGCUCCAUAUGGUGAGUAUUGGAGACAGCUGCGAAAAAUUUGUAUGCAGGAGCUCUUGAGCACAAAAAGAGUUGAAUCAUUCAGACCCAUUAGAGAAGAAGAGAUUUUUAAUCUCAUGGAAUGGAUUGCUUCAAAUACUGGAUCAGCUAUAAAUUUCACUGAGAAGAUUAAAUAUUCGUCGUAUAGCAUAACAUCGCGAGCAGCCUUUGGCCGAAAAAGUGAAGAUCAUGAUGUGUUCAUAUCGAUAGUGGAGGAAGCUAUAAAGGAAUCAGGAGGUUUUAAAAUUAUCGAUUUGUUUCCUUCUUUUAGUUUUCUUGCUACGAUCACCGGAAGUAGGGCUAAACUCGAGUCGAUCAAACGGAGGGGUGAGAGGAUAUUGGAAAGCAUAAUCAAGGAACACAAGGACAAGAAGCCAGCGGAAAGAAGUGGUGAAAUUCAAACGGAUCAAGAAGAUCUGGUUGAUGUUCUUUUGAAAUAUCAUAACAAUAUUGCCGACCACGGAUUCUCCCUUACAACAAACAAUAUGAAAGCAGUUAUUUGGGAUAUAUUUGCUGCCGGGACUGAGACGUCUGCUACAACUGUAGAUUGGGCAAUGGUCGAAUUGCUAAAGAAUCCAAGAGUGAUGAAAAAUGCUCAGAAUGAGGUGAGACAAGUCUUUAGUACAAAAGAGUCAGUUGAUGAAACGUGCAUUAGUGAGAUGACAUAUUUAAAAUGUAUUGUCAAAGAGGUUUUGAGAUUACACCCUGCUGCUCCUUUGUUAGUUCCAAGAGAAUGUAGAGAGAAGUGUGAGAUUUCUGGUUAUGAAAUACCAGUGAAAACCCGGGUCAUAGUUAAUGCAUGGGCAAUAGAAAGAGAUCCUAAGUAUUGGACCGAAGCCGAGAGUUUUAUAUCAGAGAGGUUUCUUGAUAGUCCUAUUGACUUCAAAGGAGCAAAUUUUGAGUAUAUCCCAUUUGGGGCUGGGAGGAGAAUAUGUCCGGGCAUGUCGUUCGGUUUGAUCAAUGUUGAGCUCCCUCUUGCAAUGUUUCUUUACCAUUUUGAUUGGAAACUCCCGAAUGGAAUGAAACGUGAAGACUUGGACAUGACUGAAUCUUUCGGCAUUUCAGUUAGAAGAAAAGAUGAUUUGCACUUGAUUCCCAUCGCUUAUGACCUCUCCCCAAUUGAAAAAAUCUCUAGGAAGACAAAGUAACUUGUAAUUUCUAAUUCUUACUCUAGUAGCUGUUUGCUUACAUUAUCCUUUGUUAUGAUAAAGUAAAGUCAGAAAGCCGUACAACUGUAGGCCGAGUGAAGAUGUUUUAAUUUGCUUUAAGCACCGUAAAAUGGAAUGCAUGAUAUAUUUGAGCAUCCUAAUAAAUAAAGAUUAUAUA